AUGGCAGGCGAUGCUCGAAGGAAGGGAGGUACCUACAGCACCAAUGCCAACACCGUCAGGACUCGUCAAAGCCUCAGUAGCCUUCCACCCAAAAAGAAGGAGCUUAGAAGAACAACUUUCCUGGAGUAUCGUUCUCUUCGCACCUGCUGCAUCACUCGGUCGAAGAAACCUGAUUAUAUUGGGUCCCAUUCGCGUGACGAGAAGCUUGCAAUGCUUCGUGAGGCUUGCCAAAACACACUGGCCAAUCGUCAAAAGAAGGGAACUGAGCUUAUGGGCACUAACGUUGAUGAGUUCACGGCCCGCUUCCACGACAAGGCCCUUCUCGCCCAAGGAGGCGGUCCAAACUCUGGUCCAGUUCCUGCUGAGUCCGAUGCCGCCGAUGACUCUGAUGGGACCGAAAUCUCCAGUGCCAACAACCAGGAUUUCGAUCCCAACACACUUACUGGCCUUCAGAUGGCCAACAAUGCUCAGAUGGCCCAGGUCAUGACUGCUCCGUCCCCUCUUGGCUUCAACAUAGCCGACAGAUUUCAGAUGGCUCAGGCCACAGAUGCCCCCGGCCCUGCUGGUUUUGCUGGCUUUGCUAGCAACAACGGAGUUAUGGCUUCCAACCCUGCGGCCCAGUUCGGCCAGGUCGACUUCGCCAACUACCAGGACGAAAGCCUGUACCCCGCGCCUGCCACCUAUCCUAGCCCGGCUGGCGUUGCCAUCAACCACGAUGGAGGCGUUUACUCCGUACCUGCGAACAAUCAGUUCGGUCCGGCCAACUUCGCCAGCUUUUACGACGAAAUCUUCCAUCCCGCGCUUGCCACUCGGUCUGGUCCGGAUGAUUUCGUCAACGAUGACGAGAGAAGCGUUUACCCCCCGCCUCCGAGUGCGCCUCCCUCGCCCGGCUUCGCCGACUACCGAGACCCAGGCAUCUAUGAGAUCAGCUUCGAGCACCGUCUCCGACACAGCGAGAUCUUGGCUGAAGUUGGCGGACCAGUCCCAUCUUUCAUCUCGAGAACGUGGACCCGAGGACCGCGCGCAACUAACCACCCCUCGUGGGCAGACAACAGCGGACGAGAGGCUGGACUGCCCGAUCGCGAGGCGUAA